ACAUCAAUGAUGGGAGAGAAUCAUUGGUGGUGCCUCCUGCACGCCCCGCCCCGCCCCGCGGUGGGAUCAGCCCAGGAGCGGGCAGGUGCCCUGACCAGGAGGGGAACCUGACCUCCUGUUCAUCGGUCAGCGCCCAACCACGGAGCCGCUGACUUCCCUUUCCAACCCCAAAUGUUCGUCUGUGACUCCCUCCACCACCGCCCGCCCCUUUUAGCUUCUGUUAAAACCCAGAACACCGGCCAGUGUCCCAUAAAGCUCUUUGCGACCCUGAAUGCUAAAUGAUUGCCUGGCAGUGGGCGCGUCACUGGAUGCCUUUCAGAGUUGAGAGGAUCCUAUUGUUGUGGUUUUAUGGGGAAACGGAGAGCAGUGAUGAUGUGGAAGCUCUAACCAUCAGGAAAUUCCGAGGGGACCUGGCCUACAGACGGCAGGAGUAUCAGAAAGCACUGCAGGAAUAUUCCAGUAUCUCUGAGAAAUUACCACCUACAAAUGUCGCCAUGAAAAGGGAUGUCCAGGAAGGCCAGGCUCGGUGUCUGGCUCACCUGGGAAGGCAUGCAGAAGCACUGGCGAUUGCGACGAACUUGUGAUUGUGGGCUAAUUGGAUGCAUAUUGUUGCAAGAACCUAUUUCUUAACAAUUUAAACAUCUCAUAGUGGUGUGUGAUGAACUGUGUAAAGAAUUGCUUUCUGACAGUAAAGGACUCUCUUUCUCAUUUAUGUUCUCCCCCGAUAUGUCAAUCCCACAUGUGCCUCGUUCCGGGGUUCGUGCUGAGGCGACAGAUAGGACGUCUAACCCCUGCACAUACAUUGCUCAUCAGGAGUCCAGUGGGAGAACCCUAAGCCAGCUAACGUGUCAGCUCUUCU